UGCUUAUUAGGUGAUCUGUCAAUCGACAAAUCAACUAUUAAUUUCGUACGAAUUUUCUUUUUUCUUUAUUAUUCAUUUCUUAAUUUUUAUUUUUCCACCCUUUUCUUGUUAGCGUAAAAUCUCAAAAUCUACAUCAUCAAUUUUCUUCAAAAUAUCAUCAGUUAUGGGGACUUAUCAUGUCAUCUGUAUGAAACAAGUUCAAGAUCAAAAGGUCAUCAUGACGUCAUCUAGACGCCAUUUUGUAAAAUCACAUAAUCAAUGAUAUCUUCAUUAUCAAUUAUCAAAAAUUGACAAUAUUUACAUCACAUUAACUUCAAGUUAAGGGUCAACUGUCCAUGUCAUCAAAGGUCAUGUAAAGGUCACGACAUGCGCGUACGCGCGCGUCAAAAUUUUAAAAUGCUCAAAAUCACUUUUUGAUUAAAGUAGAGUAUGAUUCAGGUCAUUUUAAGCAUUUCAAAAAUUUGCGCGCGCGCACGAUUCCGUGCGCGUUCUCGCGCGUAACGGCACUAUACAACUUAUACCGUGUUUACACUUAAUCGGCAUUUGGUUCUGAACCAAAUGCCGAUGCAGAAUCGGCAUUUGGAUUGCGUUUACACGUUGUUACAGCUCGCGGUUCAGAACCGCGAGCCGAUGCAAAAAACCUGAAAUGAUACGCAUACCUACAAUAUACGUCAUAAUAAAGACAACGCUGGAUCAGUGCGCUUACAAUUACGUCACAAUGGUAAAGUAAUUGAAAUGCGCACAAAUUGCCGGUGCAGAAUCGGCUUUCUGUUUACACGUAGUAAAAAAGCCGAUUCUGCAUCGGCUCGCGGUUCAGAACCUAGUACUUUGGUGGUGCAAAUUGCCGGUUCUGAACCGCGAGCCGAUUCAAGUUGCUCGCGUUUACACGCUAUGAAAAAGCCCGGAUGCUGAAUCGGCUCGCGGUUCUGGAUUCAAAUGCCGAUUAAGUGUAAACACGGUAAUAGGUGCCGUGUUUACACUUAAUCGGCAAUUGGUUCUGAACCAAAUGCCGAUGCAGAAUCGGCAUUUGGAUUGCGUUUACACGUUGUUACAGCUCGCGGUUCAGAACCGCGAGCCGAUGCAAAAAACCUGAAAUGAUACGCAUACCUACAAUAUACGUCAUAAUAAAGACAACGCUGGAUCAGUGCGCUUACAAUUACGUCACAAUGGUAAAGUAAUUGAAAUGCGCACAAAUUGCCGGUGCAGAAUCGGCUUUCUGUUUACACGAAGUAAAAAAGCCGAUUCUGCAUCGGCUCGCGGUUCAGAACCUACUACUUUGGUGGUGCAAAUUGCCGGUUCUGAACCGCGAGCCGAUUCAAGUUGCUCGCGUUUACACGCUAUGAAAAAGCCGAUGCUGAAUCGGCUCGCGGUUCAGAACCGCGAGCCGAUUCAAAUGCCGAUUAAGUGUAAACACGGUAAGGAUCGCCAUUUUUUUCAUAUCAAUGCACCGAUAAUAUAAUUCUAAACAAUUUGAUACCUUGCUCAACCUACUACGACAAGUAAUAACGGAAUUAGCCUCCAUCAAAGUUUACAGCACGCGCGCGCGCGCGCACUAACCAUAGACAAUAUAUGUGCAAAAACAUGCCUAUACAAAACUCAUUAUAUCCUACAUAGAGUAAAUCCUGUAUAGUGAUUGGUUCAAGUAGCAUCAUGUGACCUAAUAUAUUUCAACUAUGAUGGUGCGUGACGUCAGACCUCGAUAUAUUUUUGGAUAUAUCGAGGUCUGACGUCAUUAUUUCGCAAAACUGGAUAUCUAGCUAAACUCUCGGGCGCACCGGCCAGCGCGCUCUCUCUCCCGGGCAAGUCCAGCGAUGCGUCGGCGCAGGCACUAAUUUGCGUUCCGCUGUGCGCGGUGGCUCGGAGAAAAGUAGGUAAUUCAACUCAAGUAACUGGACUUUGUAAGCUCAACACAUAGAUUUUGGUUGUAAAUUAUCAAAAGUAGGAUAUAAAACAAAUAUACCAGGCGUUUCAUUCGAAAGCAUAGUGGGAAUUAUUAAUCCUCGGUUGGACUGGCAAAACUACUAUAUUUCCCUCGGGGCUUCGCCCCUCGGGAAAAAUAGUAUAAUUGCCAGACCAACCUCGGAUAAAUAAUUCCACUAUACUUUCUCAAAGCCUGAUAUAUUUGUUUAUUAUAGCUCUUCAGGUAGUCCGUUGACCCCCAAUUUUUUUUUCAUAUUCGAAUAGAGUAUGGAGGGGAAAUAUGAUUUCAUGUCACAUUUGACCCGAAAUUUUAUCAUGACGUCAUCAAAAUGGCGUCGGAACUCAAAAUUCCCAUUUUGCUACUUAUGACGUCAUCAUAAUUAUGCAAAUUUGACUCUAACUCCAUAAAUAUUGGUCAAUUUUUGCUCAGUUUCUUAUAUAUUGUAGCUGAGGACAUAUUCUUUUUCAUUUGAUGGCUAUAUUUUCUUUUAAAGGAAUGGAUCAUCCUGAAAAAUGGCAAGUUAUAGAGGCAUGUCAUUUUCGCUCAUUUUGUGUGCAAUCUCUAUGGGAAAUGACUUUUUCUCAAAACUGGAUUUUACAUUCUUCUAUUUCGCGAGCCAUAUCUCCAUUUCUUUUUGUCGGUUUUCUCUGAGCUUGGAGUAUGUUGUAGCUGAGAUUGUAAGCUAUCGCAAAUGUGGUCUCCAUUUUCCAAUUAGAUGCCGAAAUCAUGCCCGUAUUUCACUUGCAAAAUUGGAUUUGAGAUCCUCUCAAUUUGCUAUGUGUAAAGUCUAUGGGAAAUAGUGCUUAUGUGUAAAAGUCUAUGGGAAAUAGUGUAGCUCAGUUGAGGGUUGGAACCCAGGGGUGAACAUGAAAUUUUUUUUUUUCUUUUUCUUUUCAACAUUUCACAAAUGGUCCUUCAUGACCAUUACAAGGUAUAUAAGUUAAAACAUUGCACAAUAAAAUAGUUUUAAAAAUCCUUUUAAUAUAACAUGUACAUGUACCAUGUGUAUCAUUUACAUCUAUUUUCCAAAGUUUCUCAUUUCUCUCUUUUCAAGAGUAUUCAUCAUGUUCUUUUUGUAAUAGAAGUUUAGUUUUCAAUAUGAUCAUCGUAUUGAUGUCAAUAAACAUGCUGAUUGUCUUCGUGAUCAUGAAAUCAGAGACAGAUCACCUAAUUCGUCCUCAUGACGAAUUAAAAUUCUAGUUUUAUUUAGUUUUAUUUGUAAUUCUUAUUUGUUAUUAAGGUUCUUUUGUGUCGACCUGCCUGGACUCCUGUCUGCGUCAUUUUUUUUAAUUUCUCUCUUCCAGUCAUGAUUCGGACGAAUUGUACUCCCAUCCUUUCCCCCGGUCUUGCCUGUGUGUAAUUGGGUUUCUGCAAACGUAUAUUAAUGAGCAUGCAUGAUCAGAUAUGAUUAGAGUUUCAUCUGUUUAUGUUUCGCUUAUUUUCCACAAAAUGAUUCUAUGCAAAAUUCAGUGACAUGCAAAUGAGAAAUUCGAUGAUGACCCUCACUAUUUAUUAUUAUUUAUUUUUAUUGUUUGAAUCUGACAAUAUCUCAAUUUUUUUUCUUCAGAUUUUACAAUAAUGCCCUACUUGACUGAACACAAUAGUAAUUCAACAUUUUCAGUGAGGAAUGAAAAUUUGUUAUACAGGACAAUGAGUAGAAAAAUUAUAAUAUCUCAUGUAAUAAAAUACAAAAUAAAUAGUGAGUGACAUAAAGGUCCCCUCAUUUGCAUACCAUCCAGGAUGUGCAUACAACUGUUUUGUGAAAUAAAGCGAAAGUUAAAAAAUAUCGUAGCUUUCUUAUUUUACAUCCGCUUUUGAUGAAAUUUUCAGAGUUUUGCUUGUUGGAUUUUCCUUUUUUUUGAUCGAAUCAACUUCUUGUUGGGGUGGACUUGACCUUUAACAAUUAAUGCUAGUGCAAAUCGCGAGUCGUUUAAAUUCCAGGGGUACGCCAUAACGCCCAGUUACAUUAUCCCCAUCCCCCUCCCCUCUCUCUCUCUCUCAGUCUAUACCUUUUUUGCUUCGCGCCGCAAGCCAGAAUCACGAACCCAGUAAAUGAAGGGAAAAUGCCCGUCAAAUGACAAAGAACAGCUGGGAGGUCAUUAUUGAAAAUAUGUGAAUCGGGAGAGCGUUUCACCCAGAGUCAAGGACGAAACCGCUCUUUUGAUUCACCAAUUUUCGACACCUUCUUGGUUGGUCAUUGUCAUGAAGAGCAUAAUUUAUCACAAUACAAUUUGUAUGAUAUUUUAAUCCGUCUUCGUGGAGUAAUAUCUAACUGGUAUCGUUUUGCUACCCCCCCCCCCUUCCGUUUGAUUUUUUUUCUUGAAGUUUUUUGUAUGUACCUUCCAGUCCCGUAUACAGAUCAAUACUAGUUCGGGAGGCUCGGGUGUGGAUCCAAAGUUCUCUAAACGACCCACAUUAACAUUGAUAAAUCUCAUUGUGUAAACAAGACGCCAUUAAUAUGAACGAUAGACAAUAAAGAGAGAUUAUAAACACUAUUACCGAGCAUUAAUUAUAUACAUGGGGUGAGAGAGAGAAGAGAUGGAAGGAAAAAUAGAAAUCUACAUUAUAUUUAUGAUGAUUAGAAUGCUUUAGUUUCAUUCUCGUUGAAGGAUUACAUUGGUUACCUCUAUUGAUUUACAAACAAUUGACUUUCACGACUAUUUCAACAAACUUGUAUGAAUUUCGUUGUCAUAAAUUCUAAGUAGAGUCCCCUUUGAUUAAUUGUACUUGUACUUCCGCAUUGGCUCCGACUAUACAUUUCUCUGGUCGGCAGACCAUUUGGUAUAAAAGCAGCCGAUAUUACCACCUGUAAUUCAUUCCUGAUACUGGAAAGGAUCUUCUUUGGCAUAAAGUAUUGUAUCAUCUAGUACGAUGUCAUCAACUCAAGAAAGCAGGUUUAAUGCUGGAUCACCAUCGGGUGAAAUGGUCGGAGCCAAUUCUACAGAUGAAGAUUCUAAUUGUUGUGCCUUCGCUUUGACAAUCCUCUCAUGGCUCAUUGUGAUCUGUACCUUCCCAUUCUCACUGUUUGUCUGCAUUAAGGUGGUUCAGGAGUAUGAAAGAGCGGUUAUCUUUAGACUUGGACGUCUCUUGUCUGGUGGUGCUAAAGGUCCAGGUCUUUUCUUCGUCUUACCUUUCAUUGAGGAAUAUUCCAAGGUAGAUCUUCGCACCAUUUCGUUUGAUAUUCCUCCUCAAGAGAUUCUGACCAGGGAUAGUUUGACCAUCUCCGUGGAUGCCGUGGUCUUCUACCGUGUCAAGAACGCCACUCUCAGCAUCGUCAACGUGGAAAAUGCAGAUAAUUCAACCAGACUCCUAGCUCAGACAACACUUCGCAAUGUCCUGGGCACCAAGAACCUGGCCGAGAUCCUUGCUGAACGUGAAGGAAUUAGUCACUACAUGCAGUCCAACCUCGACCAUGACACCGACCCUUGGGGUAUCCAAGUAGAGCGAGUUGAGAUCAAAGAUGUUUGCUUACCUGUCCAGCUCCAGAGAGCAAUGGCUGCUGAAGCUGAAGCUUCCAGAGAGGCUAGGGCUAAGGUGAUCGCUGCUGAAGGAGAACAGAAUGCUGCUCGCGCUUUGAAGGAAGCUGCAGAUACUAUGGCUGAAUCUCCAUCCGCUCUUCAACUGAGGUACCUACAGACCCUUAAUACUGUUUCAGCAGAGAAGAACUCCACCAUCAUCUUUCCACUUCCCAUUGAUCUUCUCCGGGGCUUCUUGAACAAGUAAUUUCUACAUCACUUGAUAGGAAAAUUAGCAUAAUUUUGUACAAUUGAGCAUUGACACUAGUCAUGAUGAAUUGCCGAGACUGUUAAAUCAAUAAUUCUUGUUCUUCGUUGUGCAAAUUUGUGUAAUUGAGGUAGUGUACUACAAUAUAUAGCUCAUAAGAGAAUUAUUCAUCAUGAGACCAUGACAGGAUCAUUUUAGAAUGGUGAUGAUAAAUAUUGGCUCUUCAUAUGUAGCUCGGAGUUCCAUGUAUUAGAACAUUAUUUUAGAGAUUGAAAACGUUGUAUUUCAGUGAUGCUGCACUGAAUAGAUUUAUGUAUUUUUUCUCCAAAUUUUGCGCACUGUAUAAAAUUUGGCUACAUACUCUAUCUUUGUAAUGUAUUAUCGGCCUUGUUGAUGAUGUAGCCUCGGAAAACAUAAUUGUUGUCACUAACAUCAAAACAUGUGUCAAUGCUAUAUUAUAAUUGAAAUAAUGGUCGGUCAGCAUCAUGGUCGGGUGUCAUCAUUAUGACUGUAUAUAUUUCUUGCUCUCUCCUUGUGCAUGUAAUAGAAAGGUUAUAAAAAUCACACAGGGAAGAUACUUUUCUAUAGUUUUGGGGUGAGAAAACUACUUAAUCAAAAUUAAUGAUUUUCUGUUUAAUUAUAUCACUUGAUAAUGCAACUUUCAGCAAAGGUAUUUUGAUUGGAUUUUGCGGUGCACAUUGUAUCACCUAGGCUACAUUAAUUGUUUUUUAUCAUACUAAAUUACAAGAGGGUCACUUCCACAGAACGCAUAAAUAAUUGUGUUCUUGAUGUGAAUAUUGCAAUAUAAGCAACAUUGUCUCAAUAGAGCGUUACUUCAUUCAAAUAUAUUGAUAUCAUUGAAAUAUUGAAAAAUAAAGACAGUUUAUUAUUAAUAAGGAAUAGAAGCUUGAUUCUGUUCCUAAAAAGGUUUUAUAUGUAUGCAAUAUGCUUAUAGAAAGUAAAGAACUGCACGUAUACCCAUAGAACGAUAAUUUUGAGCGCUCUUUAGUCAAAGAAAGAUAACAAAUGUAUACGAUUACUCAAUUGGUUUAUUGACUGACACACUAACUUUCAUUGACUAAUAAAUUGGUUGAUUAAUGGGUUGAUUGA